CGGAGAGGAGACACGGAGCGGAGAGUCGGUGCGGACCCGCUGCAUGCAUGCGCGCGCGCUCUGGAGACACCAGUUUGUGCGGCUCGGUUCGGUUCGGUUCGGCUUUUAUUUCCGUUCCGCGUGAGGAUGAUGAGGACAGCGAGCGCGUGAGUGAAAUAAACCCACCGGCACACGCGCACCGAUCGGAUCGGAUCUGACCCGCUCGCGAGAGGAACUCCGGCUUUGGAUCGGGAGAGAGAGAGUGUGUGUGUGUGUGUGUGUGUGUGUGUGGACGGGCUUUGGCUGUACCGGAGCGGCGGAGCGGUGCACGGUUCCCACAAUGCCUCAAAGGGACUGACGGAAAAAGUGAGGUUUUUUUAACCCCGGUGUGUUUCCUGUAAUGUACAGCAGCAGCAGGCGUGCUCUGCACCAGCUCAGCGUGAUGCCCCAUUAGCACUCAGUUCACAGGAUCGACAGAACCGCGGACGAGUGCAGAGACGAGAGGCUGACAGGUUAUUUUGAACAUCUCCUGUGGCUCAUUGUCCAGUCCGAACCAUCUCUCUGCACCAAGAGUGAACACAGCCCCUGCUGUAUGCUCACAACUACGAGACAUCUAAUCAGAACAAGCGGAGUCUACCAGGAAUUGCUGUUUCUCAUUUGACCCAGCUGUGUCAUCCAUUCUGUACACUUAGAACCAACAGUGGUCCAAUCAGAACCAUUUCUACCCAACUACCAGUUCUCCAAGAACUGAUUAUCACCAAGAACGGCCAAUCAGAGCCACCAAGAAGAAGCAUUUCUACCAAACUCAAACUACCAGUUCUCCAAACCAAACUUCUUCACUGAUCGUCAAGACGACCAAUCAGAACCAUCGCUGUACACCAAGAAGUACCGUUCUUCCAAUCAGAACCAACAGCCAUCUAAUCAGGACCAUUGUUGUUCAAUUGGAACCAAAACAGGUCUCAAAUAAGAUUUCUUUUCCAGUUUCUAUCCAAUCCAAAAAAAGGAGACCUGGAGAAAUGGGUGCGGCUAAAGUCCUACUUGUGAUGCUAGUGAUUGGUCUGGAAAUUGCGAACUGUGUGAACUGGAACCCAGUCCCACGCAAGACCAUCCGAUAUCACGAAGUGAUAGACAGCAUGGCGCGUUUCCGGUCGGUGGGUGUGUUUAACUACACCAUGUUGACUCUAUCUGAGCACGAGCGCGUCCUGUACGUUGGCGCCAGAGAGACGCUCUUUGCUCUCGACCCCAAUGACAUCACACGACAGCUCCGCCCACAGAUUGACUGGCCCGCCCCUGUGGAGAAAAAGAAAGAGUGUGCAGAGAGAGGAAAAAACAACCAGACGGAGUGUUUUAACUACAUCCGGUUCCUUCAGAGCUACAAUCACACGCACAUGUACACGUGUGGCACCUACGCCUUCCAGCCCAAGUGCACCUACAUCAGUAUGGAUCAUUUUACUCUGAACAGCGCCGCCCUGGAGGACGGGAAGGGCAAGUGUCCCUACGACCCCGCUAAAGGCUACACUGGCCUCAUCGUGGAUAAGGAGCUGUACUCUGCCACUCUGAAUAAUUUCUUGGGCACUGAGCCGGUGAUCCUGCGCAACCUGGGACAGCAGCACUACAGCAUGAAGAGCGAAUACCUGCCGGCCUGGCUCAACGAGCCGAACUUCGUGGGUUCUGCUCUGGUGCGUGAGAGCAGAAACAGCCGCGAGGGAGACGACGAUAAAAUCUACUUUUUCUUCAGUGAGAAAGCCGUGGAGCUCGACUGUGAUGGAGACUUGACUGUAGCCCGGGUGGCCCGUGUGUGUAAGGGCGACCAGGGGGGGACUCGGACUCUGCAGAAGAAGUGGACGACGUUUCAAAAGGCUCGUUUGGUUUGUUCCAUCCCCGAACGCCACAUCACCUUCAACCACCUGCAGGCCGUCUUCACCAUGCACGGAGCUGAUUGGAGGAGCACCGUCUUCUACGGCGUUUUCCACGCCCAGUGGGGGGACGUGGACGUCUCGGCCGUAUGUCAGUACCACAUCAGGGAGGUGAAGAAUGUGUUCGAGGGCCCGUAUAAAGAAUACCGUGAGGCGUCUCAGAAAUGGGAGAGAUACAAGGGUUCCGUGCCGAACCCACGGCCCGGAGCGUGCAUCACGAACUUCGACAGACAGAACGGCUAUAACAGCUCACUGCAGCUGCCGGACGCAACGCUGAACUUUGCUAAGAAACACCCGCUAAUGGAGCUGAGGGCUGAAGCUGGACCCCUGAUGCUCACCAAGGGAGUGAACUUCACCCGAAUCGCAGUGGACCAAGUGAGCGCUCUGGACCAGAGAGUGUACAGCGUGCUGUUUAUUGGAACAGCUGAUGGAUGGCUCCAGCGAGUGGCAAUUGUUGGAUCAGAGGUUCAUGUGAUUGAGGAGAUCCAGCUGUUUGAUUGGCCUCAACCGGUUGACAGUCUGACCAUCUCGCACAGCAAGAAGUACCUGUACAUCGGCUCUCGGUCCGAGGUGUUACAGUUGCCCUUGGCUAACUGCAGUCGUUAUCACUCUCAGCCGGACUGCUGGCUGUCCCGAGAUCCGUACUGCGCCUGGGACAGUGAGGGACGAGCCUGUGUCCGCAUCGACCUCCACCGCGGGUCCAUGUCCACUCUCUCUCAGGAUCUCAUGCUGGAGAGGUUCAAUCGAGGGUCAAAGGUCAGGUCCGAUAAGCCGGUCUCUAUCCCGAUUCCGGAACACUCCUGGCUGAGGAAUGUGACCGUGGUGGUGGGUUCGGACCUCGUCCUGCCGUGCCAGCUGGUCUCGAACCUGGCGCGUCCUUCUUGGGCGCUGAACGAGCGCGAGUUGUUGCUCUCGUCUGACUCGGACACUUCAGCUCCCCGUUUCGACCGCACCCUUCGUGCCCUAGUCAUCCCCAAGGCGGCCGCCCCCCAGGCCGGACGCUACGUGUGCUACUCCGAGGAACAGGGGGUGAAGUUCCAGACAGAGCGCUACCAGGUGGCGGUGGUGGCCAGCGCGCCGGUGUUUAUGGAAGUGCGAGCGCCGGAUGCCAGCAUGGGGCUUAUCUGGGUGCUGGUGAUUGCGUUGGGCAUUGUGUGUCUUGUGUUGCUCGCCGUCGCCCUCUACCUGCGCCGGAGGCUGAAAUUAGCUCUGGGGAAAGCAGGAACUGCUGAGAUGAAGCCGUUAGAGAGUACGCUGGUCUACCCGAUCACACUGCCCAAGGAGACGCCGAGCUUCGUCCCCAGCAAGAUGCCCACCAGCUCAAACAACGACGAGGAUCGAUUCUGGGAAACCGGCGCCAAUUAUUACUACUCGGAUGGAUCGUUGAAGAUCGUGCCUGGACACGCUUCUUCAUCUUCGCCGAGCGCUAUUCCCGGGCAGCCUCUUCACUCGCCGAGCCGCCUGAGCCUCACAAACAUCCGGAACUCCGGCACCAACGGGUACGUCCGACUCAGCCUGAGCAUGGCGGGCGAAGACCGGCCGAACGGAGGGAUGAGUGCCGGAGGAGUGGGAGGAGUUGGAGGAAAGCUGGGUCUCGGUGCCAGGGAGAACGACUACACCAGCCCCUUCAAGGAGGAGCUUCGGAGGACGCUGCAGCAGAGAAGCGUCCUGCCUGACGCCAACCCGGAAGAGUCUUCGGUCUAGAGCACAAACAGAGACGCCAAACAGUCGCCUACCUCCCUCCUUCACGGAGAAACAUCCUUCCACCUUCCUCUCUCUUUCACUACGUCUCCUUCCUUCCAUCAGACACACCUCCCCCCUCUCUCUCUCUCUCUCUCUCUCUCUCUCUCUCUCUCUCUCUGUUAACGCAGUCACCCCAAUACAGCAAGUGCCAUGCUAAUGCUAAUAGCCAACGCCCAUAUACAGAGUGCGUCAUGAUCUCUCCAUUAGCAAAAUGGUUUUCAUUUCAUGGCGAGGGCUAGCUGAAAAAAGGCUAAAAACUGUUUUGUUUUUAUUUAAAAGGAAAAAAAAGUCUAGCAGAUUUAGCUGUCACUCAAGCAUAUGGGAGGAGCCACACCUAUUUGCGUUCUGUUUCAGGAUCGGACGGGGGGGGGGAUCGGGGAAAAACUUUUCAGCAUGACGACAAUCAUACUUUUUGAAAGAAAAAAGUGUGAAAGAGAAGAGAGAGGACUAAGUAAAUGAAGAGAGCUGUAAAAGAAAGAAAGAAAGCGCCAACGAAAGACGAACAAACUGUCAGGCUUUCUGUUCAGCUCGGUUUUUUAUGUUUUAUUUUUUCAUUUCUUCUGAGAAUGUCUUCAGUCUCAAAGCACUAAUAUAUUGUGGCGUUUGUAAUUUAAAGAUUUUUUUUUUCUUGAUAUUUUUUGGUGUAAAGUUCGGGACGAUGAGAAAGAGAAGGACACGGGGACGUUUCGUCGCCUCGAGUGGAAUGUGAAAAGGAGGACGGGCGGUUUAUCUCUCCGUCCUUUUAUCUGAGACUCGUUUUGCAAACGGAGCCAAGCAUCUGACUCGGGAAAACUGAUGAACUGCGUUCGUGCGAAACCGACAACUGUACGUCAUUACUGUAAAAAGGAUGUUACGACAAGUGGAUUACUGCGUAAACAUUAAAUCACUUCGCCAUGGAUAAACUGACCCUGAUUGGAUGCCACGCGCUGGAUUGAUGCCACAUUAUCCAAUCAGAGCCUGCGCCUGAUUCAGCACAGACUGAAACAUCAGACAAAAGACAAGGACGUUUUCUCAUUUCCACAUUUUUGGAGACGUGGGUCAUCUAUCCGUGAGGUACUACAGCGGACUGUCACACGCCGGUCUCUUUCAUGCAUGAAGCUCUACAAACCGGCGUUUUUUUUUUUUCCCCUUUUUCUCUCCGAAGUGCGAAAGUUCACCAAGUCUUACUCAUGACUCAGACUCUUGAAGACAAAAAAGAGAGAAAGAAAGAAAAUAAAAAGAAAGACAUUGUGAUUUUUGUUUUUUCAUUUCGCUGUGCCUCUUCAGCAUGGGCUAAGCCAAAGUAGACUGCAGAUGGUUUGUUCCUUCUUCUUCUUCGACACGUUUCUUUUUUAUUCCUUAUUUAAGUUCGGAGUCCAUCCACUGCACAAAAAAUAACUGUUCUACCACACGAGUGUACUGAGUGUUUGCCUUGUUAUUAAUCUUUUUUUUUUUUUUUUUGAUGGAAGAAAAAAAAUCAAUAUAUUUUGUGGCAUGACAGCUUUAUGAUGUUUUUUCAAGAAGCUCUCUGUUCUGUUGUCCAAACGUCAUGUACAAUUUAAAAAAAAAAAUGGUGGAUUUUAGCCUUUUCACCGAUUUAUGGUUUCUUAAUUUGUUAGUGCGCCUUGUUGUUUGUUCACAAGCUUAAAAAAAAAAAAGAACGAUUUCUCAGGGUGGGGCUUUUUACACUUCCUAAGAUCUACAGGCAGGCGUGUGCUGAUCAUUGGUCAUUCAGUAAACCUCUAAAUAUUCAAUAACAGCGUGAUAAUUCUAACUGCAAAAUACGAUAAUUUGGACAAAUCUGAUGACGCAGGACGUGUGUCCUUCUUGCAGAAGAUGAAAAUUUAGUUCACGAGAUGAAAGCAUUAUGUCAGGGCGUUAAACAAGAUGGAAACAAAAUUCACGCAAUUUUUACAAUGAUUACAAUUUCUACGAGAAUUUAUUAACGAACAACACGUUUAUAGUUACAUUUAAUGUUCGAGAACGUUUGUGAAACGGGUUAGUUCCUGUUCUCACUUGCAGUUUUGAUUUUUGGGGGUUUUUUUACACUUUUUUUUCUCUUUCUUGAAGUUAAAACAAAAAAACGCAGCUUGUCGUGUUACCCGAGAAACUACAAUGCGAAAAAGUUACAAAGCGCUGACGCUGGAGCCUCCUCGAUAAAUGUUAAUUUACAGAAAACUUUGCCACAUUGAUGAUUGAUUACACACUUUUUUUUUCCCAAUCAGUUUACGUGGACCAUCCGACCUACACGUCCUCGUGAAUUAGCUGUCACUAUAGAAACAGUAACAUUCGUACAAAGGCGUUAACAUAAACCUGCGCUAGUAUCAGAGCUGCUGUUAGAGAGCAUUAGCAUUUUCUGACAAUCAGAAGAGAGAACUCAACCGCGAUAAUCAGUUUAAUUGCUUUUAAUAGAAGCGUACGCAAAAUGGCCGCCGGGUUCCCGAAUUCAGCUAGGGAUUGAAUUUAAAGAUGAAUGAAUAAAUAAAUAAAUAAAUAAAAGCCUUGUGUAGCGUACAAGUGUACAGACUUGUGCGAAUCUUCUGCAUCUUCAAAAUUAGUAAAUAUAUUCCAAAUGUAAACACUUUGCAGCAAUCAAGGUGACACCGCAAAGUUUGAAGGAGUCCAUGUCCAGCAAAUGCGCGUCCAAAUACAUUUCCUGGUUGGCAUGGCAACCUGCCGAACAAAGAGAUAUCGCUUUUAAUUUUCGAGAUGUACAACCAAGACGACAGGAAGCUAAUAGCUACCAGUUUAGCUUCGGUUAUUUGUUAGCUACGUCACUGAUCGAAGCAGUAGAAAAACUUCAAACGCUGAAUAAAAUAAAAUCGUAACGUGAGACCUGAAUAUCGGCACACGCCAAGCUACAAGGUGGUUUCAUCAGCUGUGAAGGAUUACUUAACGUCGCUGCCAUUUCGUUGAUCGAGAAGUAAUCUGAAAAUGUCGUAACUGUAUUUAGUGCAUAUAGAGUCGGUUUCCCCGAGCAACCGUGCUCUGAAGGCCUGUGAUUGGUUAAUGCUCUGAUCUUAGUUAAGGUUAGUUGAAUUGGAAUUGCAUGCACGUGAUUUGUGCAAAAAUUACAGCUGAUGUAACGUCGUGCACUUCAAAACGGCAAGGGCAGAAGAGUGGCGUUCGAGACACAGCCUGUGUGCUAAAGACUUCGGGUCACGUGUACAAAGUGGCUGAUUUUUAAGCGAGCAAGUGAUUCAGAAGAAGAGUGGCGAUUGAGACGCAGCCUGUGUGCCACACAUGCCCCUUUUCCACCAAAUCAGUUCCAGGGCUGGUUCGGCGCCGGUGCUGGUUCACAACUCGUUCAACUUGCGAGCCAGCCGAGAACCAGUUUGCUUUUCCAUAGCUCGCGGUGCUAAGCGGAGCCACGUCAUUACAUCGCUGUAUGCGUCAGUUACGUCGCUACGUUUACAUAAACCUUGGCGCGAAUAUCGAAGCAAAAACAACACGGAAGAAGCAGCAACAAUAAUAAUAAUGGAUGACUUCGCGUUUGUACAGCUGCUGCUUCUCGUCGCUUAAAAAUGGCGAUCUUUCGCGGUCUUGUUAUUGUUGUUGGUCUUAACAACUCCGUCCCCCCGCUGACGUAAGCGGUUCUUUCCUCUGGCCCAGCAGAGAGUUGGUGCUAGCCUGGAACCGGUUUUUCUGGCCCCAGAGCCAGUUCUUUGUCAGUGGAAACAGAAAACCCGGUUCCAAACUAAGCACUGGCCCCGAACCAGCCCUGGAACUGCUUUGGUGGAAAAGGGGCAUCAGCCACUUUUACAAACACUGACUUUAAAGUUCACGGAGUAGGAAGUGACGCAGUGCGCUUUAACGGGUCAAGGCCAGAAGGGAACGCAGAUAAAUCCCAUGUGUCGUUCGUCCACUUUUACAAAGCGACUGACUUUAACGUGCCCUACAUUUACUUUUUAAGAAGCACCGUAAUGGAGUGUACUUCAUUCACAGGUGGCAAGGACCCAGAUUUGAGAUUGAGACACAGCCCCAGUGUUGAGUUCAACAGCCCGGUCCAUGUUUAUAAAGUGACUUUAAAGUGCGCUAUGUAAAGUGAUGGCGUGUACUUCAGGCAGGAUUCACAUACAACCCAUGUGUUAGAGACUUUCAUAAGUACGGUCCACGUUUACAAGGUGACUUUUUAAAGUUAGCAAGUGCACUACAUGCUGCUGAUUCCAUGGUGAAGUGCACUUUGGUGGAGGUGGAGGAGUGAAACACAGCCCAUGUGCUAAAUAACAACUGUGGAAAUCCUGGCCAAUUUUAUAACCGUACUAACUUUCUCACACACACACACACCGCAUGGCCUGUGUCGUGUUAUAGAGACACCAUUUCUGCUCUUCCUUUGUGGCCAAAUGUUAAUCUGCUCUUUUAUGGUUCCUGUUGAUUCAUUUGUUUUGUUUAGUUUGAUUUUUUUUUUUUACUUUAUUGCCUGCUUUUUUAAUAAAUGUGUCUUGUGGUUGUUUUUUUUUUUACUCAUUAUUUUAUAAUUUUAAGUAUAAUGUUUAGUAACUUAUUUCGCUUGUACAAAAAACUCGAAAUGUCGAUAUUUAUUAUUAAUGUACAUAUGUCCUUAUUU